AUGGAUCUACCCAAGGAAUAUGAAUAUGCAAGAGAUCAUGUAAGAUCAAUAGAUUGGAGUAAAACUUUAAAUAUUCAAACAAUUAAAUCACAGAGAUCUCCACCCAGUUCAGACCCAACUAUCCCAUUCUUUGAAACUGUGAUCCGAUACUUAGGAGGAUUGAUCUCAGCUUAUGAAUUAUCAAAUGAUAAAUUAAUGUUGGAAAGAGCAGAAGAUUUAGCUGAUUGGCUAUUACCGGCUUUUGGUACUGAUCUUGGAUUUCCUAUACCUCGUUAUAAGAUUGGAUCUCAAUAUGUUGGUAGAGUUUGUUUAGCUGAAAUGGGUUCAUUACUUUUAGAAUUUACAAGAUUAUCACAAAUCACUCAAAAACCUCAAUACUUUUUUUAUGUACAAAGGAUCACAGAUCAUUUAGAUUCGGAUCAAUGGAGCUCAGAAGAUCGAAUUGGUAGUUUAUUUCCUACUAUAAUUCAUCCUGAUAAUCCUACAGAUUUAUGGGGUUAUUAUACAUUUGGUGGCAUGGCAGAUAGCUACUAUGAAUAUCUCAUAAAACAAUACCAAUUACUAGGUCUCCAAUCCCCUCAAUACUCAAAAAUGUAUACAUCAAUCCUAAAAUCAGCCAAAGAAAACUUGAAAAAAACUUUCCAAUUAGAACCUACCAACCAAACUCAAACAAGUACAACACCUAAGAUCAUCACAAUUUUAGGUGAUAGAUCAGGAGGAAAAGAUUCAAAUUUAGUCAACUCGCUUGAUCAUUUAACUUGCUUUUCUGGUGCUAUGAUUGGACUUGGAGCUAGGUUAUUGGAUAACAUUGAAGAUUUAGAUUUAGCUGUUUCUUACACCGAUUCUUGUGUUUGGGCUUAUGAAUCUACUAAAACUGGUUUAGGACCGGAGAGAAUGAUUGUUUUUGAUGAUGAAGAUGGUGCAGAGUAUUGGGAACCAGUCAAACAUGAAGGAGAAGUUUAUCGUAGAUUAAUUAAAGAGAAUGGACCUCCUGGUUCGAUCAUUCUUGAUUCUAAAUAUGCUGGUAGACCUGAAACAAUUGAAUCUGUUUUGUAUAUGUGGAGAAUUACUGGGGAUAAAGUUUGGCAAGAUAGAGGAUGGAGAAUGUUCACAAGUUGGGUAGAAGGAUGUUUAACCGAGUUUGGAUUUGCUGAUAUAGUUGAUGUCAAUCAUUUACCUUAUCAAAGAUCAGAUAAACAAGAAUCAUAUGUUUUAGCUGAAACAUUGAAGUAUUAUUAUUUAUUAUUUGAUGAUCCACAUUCAAUUAGUUUAGAUGAUUAUGUUUUUAAUACAGAAGCACAUCCAUUCAAAUUAGGAAACCGUAAAGCUUUGAGAAAUUAUGAUUUGAAGGAAUAUAAAGAUGAAGAAAUUGGGAAAGGUAGUGUUUUGCAGGUUUGGGCAGGGUUGGUUUAUGAGGAUUUGGAUGAACAGGAAAAAGAAAUCUAUAGGGAAGUUUUUGGGGUUUAA